CUCAUAUUCCAUCCUUCCUCGCCAUGGCGCUUCAUCAUCAUGGCAAUCUUUAUUCUGCCUUCCAAAUCUCCCCAAAAGCAUAUUUGCCUUUGCGCUGUAUGCCAAUAGUAAUGGCAAUGUCGAUGCAUGAUUCAUCGAUUUCAUCCCAUAUUGCCCCUCACAAACCUUUUUAGGCCCCUCCCCAGUCCCCAGCAGCUUCUUCCGGAUGCACGUACCGCGGCUGCCCCUCCUCCUCAAGAUCGCCGCCGCGGCCGCCGCCGGCGCUUUGGCGCUCAUUUUCGCGAAUCGCCUCCGCCGGGACUACUCCGUGGCAUCCCUCCGCCUGGAGAUCCGCAACGCCGUCAAGGCGCUCGGUUCCGACGACGGCGACGGCGAGGGCGGGGGCGGGGGCGGGGAGGGCGCCCCACCGACGCCGCCGUCUGUGCUAAUCACGGGGUUCCGGUCCCACGGCAAGAGCUCGCUGGUGAACACAGCAUGCCGCGCGCUGGCCGGCGAGGACGGUCCGCUGCUGCUGCGCGCGGAGACGUCGCCGCCCGGCGGCGGGACCGACGGGACGAGGCGGCGGCGGAGGGUGGAGGCGGUGGUGUCCGGUGCCGAUGAGGACGUGGUGGAGAAGGAAGCCGUGGUGGAGCUGCUGGACGCGCCGCCGCUCCCCGAGGCGGCGAGGCUGACAAGGCCGGACAUCGAGGCCGCGAUCGGCGACGGGGACCCGGAGUGCGUGGUGUUCGUGCUGCGCUGCGACGCGCCUGCUAAGGAGAGAAACGCCGCCGUGAAGCGCCUGCCGGAGAUAUCUGCCGUCGUCAGGGCGAAAGGGCUUAAUUUGAUCAUUGUAUUAACUUUUAAGAAGGCCAUGAGAUCAAUAAGGCAAGCUGAAGAGCUUCUACGUGAGGUUUCAUUCAGGGCCAGAACAGAUUGUGUCUACUUCAUCGACAACUACACCUGGAGCCACAAUGGGCCCGACCUCCGCCAUCCGCCUGUCAUCAAGAACGACUUCGAGACGCAUUUCACGGUGCUGACAAUCAUUCGGCAGUGUCUUGAGUUCAUCAAGCUAAAUAGGAGCCCGUCCAAGGGCAAGAAGACCGGCAAGGGGGCAAAACCGGCUGGAUCCAACCUUAAGAUCCCACCGGAAGAAGCUAAGACAGUGCCCUAGAUUUUAGUGUAAGACGUUUGUUCAACAGUUGGGGAACCUGAAAUCUUCACUAAACCGCGCAGGUAUGAUCUACUGCAGGGUAAUGUAUUUAUACUUGUAUAGUACUGAGAUAGCCUGACUGCCUGACACGCUGCACAAAAUGUACGUUCAUUUAUUCUUUAUGUGAAGUUACAUGUCUUUUUAUCUGCUUGCUGCCUUUUUCGUUUUAUACAUUCAUAAGACAAAGGGGGAAAACC